CCGCCCGGACGCGGCGUGAUGGCGGCACGACUUUUCACGGCUACGAUCAUCUGCGGGCUGAUGUUUACCACAGUAACCAGCGGCACCGGAUGUGGAGGGAACCUGACGGCUCCUUCUGGAGGCCCUGUGACGUCACCCAACUAUCCUGGUAACUAUGGCAACGAUGAGAACUGUGAGUGGUCGAUCACUGUACUAGAAGGAAGCAUCAUUCGCCUCACGUUUGAAAGCUUCCACACUGGGAAGGAUAGUGACUUUCUUACCAUCUAUGAUGGAGCCAGUGAUAAUGCUACAGUGUUACAAAGGUUAUCAGGUUACCAUCCGCAGAUCAUCCCCAUCAUCAGCACAUCUAACACGAUGUACUUGAGGUUUACAUCUAACUUCUUAGGAUCAAGUCAUGGGUUCCACUUCUUCUACACAACGACUCUCCAAGCAGACCCAACCAACAAGGACAGGUUUUACACCGACUUGCGCAGCCUAGUGCGGAACACCCCUGCAGGUGACAAGGUUAUUGCCCUUGGGGAUUUUAACACCAGAUCUAAGCUGGAAGGUUUGGACUGCCCUACAGACUCCUGCCCAGAAACACUCUGGGCUCAACUGAAAAAUGCCGUCCUGAAGUUCUCGGAGGAAGUCUUAGGUUUCUCUGGGAGGAAGAGCAAAGACUAG